AUGCUGAUACCCUUGAGUGGGCUGCUCUGGUGGUGGUGGUGGAGCUGCUGCUGCUGUGCCUGGUACCGCUGUGGAUCGUGGGCCCCGGCUCCCCAGAUGUUGCGCCACCAGGGUCUCCUCAAGUGCCGCUGCCGCAUGCUCUUCAAUGACCUGAAGGUUUUCCUGCUGCGGCGCCCCCCUCCAGCGCCCCUGCCCAUGCACGGCGACCCCCAGGCCCCCAGUUUGGCGGCCAACAACAACACCCUUCCGGCUCUGGGUGCCGGGGGGUGGGCAGGCUGGAGGGGUCCUCGAGAAGGGGUGGGCAGGGAGACCACUCCUCUGCCACCUCCACCACCUUUGCCACCUUCUUCUGUGGAAGAUGACUGGAGUGGCCCAGCCACAGAGCCACCCACGUCGCUGCUCAGCAGUGCCUCCUCAGAUGACUUCUGUAAGGGGAAGGCUGAGGAUUGCUACUCACUGGGAAGCAGCUUGGACAGUGGCAUGAGGACCCCACUCUGCCGCAUCUGCUUCCAGGGGCCAGAACAGGGGGAGCUGCUGAGCCCGUGCCGCUGUGAUGGCUCAGUCAAGUGCACGCACCAGCCCUGCCUCAUCAAGUGGAUCAGCGAGCGGGGCUGCUGGAGCUGUGAGCUGUGCUACUACAAGUACCACGUCAUUGCCAUAAGCACAAAAAAUCCUCUGCAGUGGCAGGCCAUCUCUCUGACAGUCAUUGAGAAGGUUCAGAUUGCAGCUGCCAUCUUGGGUUCCCUCUUCCUCAUCGCCAGUAUCUCUUGGCUUAUCUGGUCAACCUUCAGUCCCUCAGCAAAAUGGCAACGCCAAGACCUCCUCUUCCAGAUCUGCUAUGGGAUGUAUGGAUUCAUGGAUGUGGUGUGCAUAGGUCUCAUCAUGCACGAGGGACCCUCUGUGUACCGCAUCUUUAAACGCUGGCAGGCUGUCAACCAGCAGUGGAAAGUGCUGAACUAUGACAAGAUGAAAGACCUGGAGGACCAAAAGUCGGGAGGCAGGACAAAUCUCCGGACCUCCUCAGCCACCCAGGCCAAUGCCCCCUCCUCGGAAGAGGAGGCCGGGGGCACUCCGGGCCCUGAGGAAGGCCCUGCCCGGGUGGCCAGCCACCCCUCAGGCCCUCUGUCCGAUCACCACUGUGCUUAUACCAUCCUGCACAUCUUGAGUCACUUACGACCUCAUGAACAGCGGAGCCCCCAGGGCGGGAGCCGGGAGCUCGUCAUGAGGGUCACGACAGUGUAA